AUGAAGCCAACCGCAUCGCCGCCGCCAAAGCGAAACGCGAAGCCUGCAAAUCACAACUUCGCCCAAUACGCAACGCCGCCGCACAACCGCUCCCUACGUGUCCUCGAUGUCAACGGACAUUCCGGGCACGAAUCGGACUUGUUGGACAUCUUCGGACCAACUGCACCUCUCGAACUGCUCCAGCCAUCGUCCCCCAACCCGCCUCUUCCUCGUCCUCUCUUCCGCCAACUAACUCUGACACUCCUUCAGCACCACCACUUCCAUCCUCGUCGUCCUCCUCCCUCUCCACUGCCCCAGCGGCGGCCGUUCAGACUGCCGUCUCACACAUCACCAACCCCGACACUACAACCGACAUCACCACCCACACCUCUCCCGAUUCCAGUGAUGAGGAUCAGGACUACGCCUGCCCUCACUGUGACCGCACCUUCACCUCACACAUCGGCCUGGUCGGUCACUUGCGAAUCCAUCGCACAGAGACUGGCGAACCAGUGCCUGGAGCACCAACCUACACCCACCGCACUCGCCUCCACUGCCCACACUGCCCUCGCACCUUCACGCAUCGCAUGGGUCUAUUCGGCCACAUGCGCAUCCACGACGACCUGCGGUAG